AUGUUGAGACUCGUGCAGCUGAAUACUGGUUUUCGGUCACUAUCCUGUAGACUAUUGCUGUCAACAAAGUUGGUAACACCGAGAUUUUGGUACUCACAAGACAAUUCAAAGGCAGAAGAAAUUUUCAAGAGGAAGCUCAUUGCUCGAGAAAAGGAGUUUCGGAGCCGUCUCCCUCAGUGGGAGAAAAGGGACAUAUCGUUGAAAAAGAGGUAUGGAGUUUGGAAUCCUACUAAGAAAGUAUCUCGUGUACAAAUGCAAGAUAUCAGAAGUUUGAAACUUCAAAUGCCAAAUUUGAAAACGGUAGAUAUGGCCAAUAUGUUCGGUGUUUCACCGGAAUCUAUACGAAGAAUCUUAAACUCCAAGUGGCAACCGUCGGAGAAUGAUAUGAAGAAACUUGAAAAAAGGGCGGAGAGACGAAAGGCAGAAAGUAGAGAACGUAAAGAACAGUCCGAACAAGACUUGAAGGAUGGGGUAAGAAGAAUUCACAGAGCCAAGACUAUAAAACUUCAAAAUGUUCGAUACAAGGAAACAGAUGCAAUUAAUGAGAAAGAUACUAGUAAAAAGACAGCGUCGAAGCGGCAGCUGCAUGCGGUGACUGGUAAACAAGGAAAGAUGAAGACCACAAUAGACAAGCCUUUCGUUCCUAGUGUUGCGGACUUGAUUAAAUAA